UAGCGUGUCUCUAGCUAGCUGGGAUGAUGCUGCAUCUGCUGGACCGUUCACCAGAGGAUCUGCCGGUCAGAGACACGGACUCAACUGCUCUACUGAACGGGACUUCAGUUAAGAAUGUAAAGGUUCAGUCUCGCUCGGGCAGGACGAGCCAGGAGGAACAGCAUGGCAGACUCUUUCCUCUUCAUAGAGAGCCUGUGUUGAUAAAGGAGCUUUCUCCACAGCAAAGAGAUAAAAGCAGAAGGCGGAGGACCACCGUGCAACGAUCCAGCACUACCCAACCCGAUAUGCGGACACUUGCUGCGCUCCAGGCGACUGCGAGGCAGAGGCAUCCUUGGGCUUCCGCUUCCCUGCGCCCCUCUGCGCCCCAGCGCUCCCCGGUUCCCAGGAGGAAAGCCCAUCUACAGCGCCUGUGUCCCUCGACCCCAGCAGGUGGUACACAGCCUAGAGUCCACGCAGGGCGCAGACUGCCCCAGACAGCUGGGCCAAAAGACAGACGCAGCCGUACAGCCCCUCCCAUAUUUAAGGGCUAUGACAUGGAUGAAAACAACAGAAUUGAAAUCAGCAGCGAAGCCAGCCAACCUGUUCAUAUCACGACUGCUAAUUCUACACAAGUGGAAGAGCCAGCCAAGCCUCCUGAUAAAAUGUCCCAAGAUGAAAAGAUUGAUCAGAGAAGCUCGCUGGAGUGUGCUCAGAAGGCUGCAGAGCUUCGAGCCUCCGUUAAGGAGAAGGUGGAGCUGAUCCGACUUCAGAAGCUCUGGUGUGACAGGAGCGCCUCCCUGGCCGCCACGGAAGCCCAGCUCACACGCGUUCAGGAGGCAUACGAAGACUUGCUCCAGAAGAAUCAGGGAAUUUUGAAUGCAACCCACGAUGCCUUCCUCAGCCAAGUGAAUGAGCUCAAGGCAGAGCUGACCGAAGAGAGCAAGAAGGCUUUGAGCUUGAAAGCCCAACUGGAAGAUGUGUCUAUCUUGCAGAUAACCCUGAAGGAGUUUCAGGUCAGAGUUGAAGAUUUGGAAAAUGAACGGAAAUUGCUGAGUGACAGUUAUGACAGACUCUUAGAAAACAUGCUGGCGAGCAGUCAUCAGCCUCCCUGGGGCCUUGAGCUCACUGCGGAGCGGCUAGCACCGCAAGUCUGUCCACUGCAGGACCAAACGGGCCCUGGGCUGCAGGAGACCAAAGUCUUGCUUCAAGCAACCAACCAGGAAGCUCAAGAAGAAAAGCUGAAACUUGAGGCCACCAGCAUCCUUUACCAGCACAAACAUGAAGAAGAAGUGAGCCUCAGCACACCAGCCGCAAAGCCCCCGUCUCCUCCGGAAGAGUGGUCUGAACCGCCCGCUUUGCUCGCUCUGCCCGCUCUGCCCGCUUUGCCCGCUCUGCUCCCACAGACAGAUCAGAAAGAGUCCAGUGAACCAAAAGCUCAAGAAGGAAAUAACCUGUCCCAGAUGCUAAGUGAGUUGCAGGUGUCCCAUGAAGAGAUGACGCUGGAACUAGAAAAAACCAGAGACAUGCUUCUCCUGCAGCGCAAAAUCAACGUGUGUUAUCAGGAGGAGAUGGAAGCAAUGGUGACAAAAGCUGACAACGAAAGUAAGAACCACAAGGAGAAAGUGCAGAGGUUAAAUCAACUCCUAGACCUCAAGAACGGCCGCAUAAAGCAGCUGGAAGGUAUUUUAAGAAGCCACGGCCUUCCAGUCUCUGAGCAGCUCAGAGAUGUUGCUUAUGGCACCAUGCCGUGGUCCCUGGAGGCCCUGCCAGCCCGCAGCGGGGAGGAUGAAGUGGACAUUGCUCUGCUGCAUGGAAGUGAGAAUGUUUUUGAACUGCACAUCCAUCAGGCCUUCCUGACUCCUGCUGCCCUCAUCCAGGCUGGAGAGACCCAACCUACCACCUUCUGCACUUACUCCUUCUAUGACUUUGAAACUCACUGCACCCCACUUUCUACGGGGCCACAGCCCCUCUAUGAUUUCACCUCUCAGUAUGUAGUGCAGACAGAUGCCCUUUUCUUGCACUACCUUCAGGGAACUUCAGUCCGGCUUGAUCUCCAUCAGGCUGUGGCUAGUGAGCAUCAGGUCCUUGCCACUGGAUGGAUUUCAUUUGACAAGGUGCUAGAGACUGUGGCGAGAGUCCAUGGCUUGGCCACACUUACUGGAGCUGGUGGAGAAGACUUGGGAGCGUUAGAGUACUGGAUGAGGCUGUGCUUGCCUCUAAAAUCCACCCUCCAGGCAUGCAAUAAGCGAAAGAAAGCCCAGGCCUACCUGUCAGUCAAUGUGCUUGGAGCUGGGAAGGCCCAGAAGGAUGAGUCCAGAUCCGAGACCUGGGCACCUCAGAAUGAGCUGCGGAUUGAAGUCACCACAUGCUGCGGCCUGCGGAGCCGACGGCGGGGAACUCAGCCCAGCCCAUACGCCGUGUAUCGCUUCUUCUCCUUUCCUGACCACGACACCACCACUGUUCCAGCCAGCAACAGCCCAUCCUUUAGAGACCAGGCUCUGUUCCCAGUGCUUGUCUCUUCUGCCCUGGACCAGUAUCUGAGGCGGGAAGCCCUGUCUGUAUACGUCUUUGACGAUGAAGACUCAGAACCUGGUUCCUAUCUUGGCCGAGCCCACGUGCCCUUGCUGCCUCUGGCACAAAACAAGUCUAUCAAAGGUGAUUUUAAUCUCAUGGACUCGGAAGAGAAGCCCAACGGAUCCAUCAGCGUGCAACUAGAAUGGAAGUCCCAGUACCUGCCCCCAGAGGGCGUCCUGCCACCAGAAGCCGAGGUGGAGGAGACAGAAAGCAAAGAGAGCCCUGAAGCCUCAUCUGCAGAAGAACUGGACCUCUUUCUUCCCCAGGACCAGUCAGCAUCUACGGGGAUUCCCACUGAGGCUGUCCAGCAUCAAGUGAAGAGAUCAUCUCCAACAGCAGAAAAGAAGGAAAAAGACCACCAAAUUGCAGGCUACUCAAGAAGAAAACACAGCAAAAGAACAGGUGUUCAAGGCAAGAACAGAAUGGAAUAUCUGAGCCGUAACAUCUUGAAUGAAAACACACAGCAGCAGGUGUGCCACACUGAGUGGAGGUUCUCUGGGUUCCAGAUGUCCGAGGAUGAUGGUUUGAAAGUUCAGGACAAGGAAGAGGAGUCAUCCCAUUUGGCAGCGAGGCAGGAGGACCUCUCACAGCCUGCAAACGAUCAAGAAUCCUGUGAACAACCUUCUGAAGUCAGCGAAGCACAAACGACUGACAGUGACGACGUCAUAGUGACACCCCAAUCUCAGACGUGCCCUAAAGCAGAUUCAGAGAAGAUGUGUAUUGAAAUCAUCUCCUUGGCCUUCUGCCCUGAGGCUGAAGUCAUGUCGGAUCAGAGUAUCCAGCAGGUCUACGUGGAGUACAAAUUCUUUGAUCUGCCUCUGUCAGAGACAGAGACCCCAAUGUCCCUGAGGAAACCCAGGGCAGGCGAGGAAAUCCACUUCCACUUUUGCAAGGUGAUAGACCUGGACCCAGUGAGCCAACACCGCCGAAGGCAGUUUUUGUUUGCCAUGCUGCAUGCUCAAGACCCUGAUGUGGGACGUUUAAAGUUUACAGUGGUAAGUGAGCCUCUGGAUGAAGAAAAGACAGACUGUCAAGAUGUGGGCUACGCAUACCUUGAACUGUGGCAGAUACUUCAAUCUGGAAGAGAUAUCCUAGAGCAAGAACUAGAGAUUGUGAGCCCCGGAAACCAGGCCGUCCAAAUUGGAAGGCUGAAGGUGUCCGUCAGAGCUGCCGCCGCCCUGCACAGCAUUUACAAGGAGAUGACUGAAGAUCUGUUUUCAUGAAAAUAAGCUCUACUCCAUUCUACGUUGAGGGAAUGACAGUCAAAGUGUCUUAUAAAGUAACUUGCUAUGCCAUGAGUC